AUGUCCUCCGAGGUGGCCGCCCGCUGCGACGCCAAGAAGUUGGUGCGCUCGCCCAGCGGCCUGCGCAUGGUGCCCGAGCACCGCGCCUUCGGCAGUCCGUUCGACCUGGAGGAGCCGCGGUGGGUCCCCGACAGGGAGUGCCCGCGGUGCAUGCAGUGUGACGCCAAGUUUGACUUUCUCACCAGAAAGCACCACUGCCGCCGCUGCGGGAAGUGCUUCUGCGACAAGUGCUGCGGCCAGAAGGUGGCGCUGCCGCGCAUGUGCUUCGUGGACCCCGUGCGUCAGUGUGCGGCCUGCGCGCUCGUGUCCCGCAAGGAGGCCGAGUUCUUCGACAAGCAGCUCCGCCUGCUGCUCAGCGGAGCCACCUUCCUUGUAAGUUUUGGAAACUCCGAGAACUCAGAAACGAUGGUUUGUCGUCUCUCCGGCAACCAGAGAUACCUGCUGCUGGACGGGGCCAGCCACCACGAGAUCCAAGUCACACACAUCGCCGCCGUGCAGGUCCUCACGGAGGGCUUCCCCGCCGGAGACAAAGACACGCACACUUACACCAGCCUCCUGGGGAGCCUGCCCGCCUCCGAAGGGGGCGCCGCUCGGGCCACGGGCAUGUCCCUGCAGUUCUCGGCACCAGGGGCGGAGAGCGUGGCCCAGCUGAAGCUGACUGCAGGGGAGGAUGCACAUGGCAGCAGGAAGCAGGCGAUGGCGUGGCUGGCAGCCAUGCACAAGGCCGCCAAACUCCUCUACGAGUCUCGGGACCAGUAA